AAACAAAAUCUCAAUUCGUUCGUAGAAGCGGCGAGUGCGUGCAAUGGAAUGUGUCGGAAAAGUACUUUCCAACAGAUUCAGCGUCUAGCGAAGCAUCGUACAGCCUCGAUCGCUCUCUGGUUCCGGGGAGGUCGUUGUAGAAAUCGAUCGCGACUCGGGGGACAUUGACAUCUCGUGCUCAUUUGAUAGUGGUGCUGCUGCAUUCAAUAUCAGCUGUUCCAUUCGUAAGUUGUGGAAGGACCAUCGAAUCUAGGUGUUGUGCAUUGCGGCCGUUGAACCCUUGAAAAGGGCUAAAACAUACGCUGUAAGAUCAUUCAGGAUCAUGGCUAAGAAGGGAGACCAGCGAAUGGACAUUUUGUUCGAUGAAUGGAGCGAACUGAGGGACAUUUACCGGCGCAACUGGCCAAAGCAUGAAUUUGCCUUUUACCUUUUACAAAACUACAUCCAGUGGAAAAGCCAGGAACAAACAUUGAACGUGAAUAUCUUUUCACUAAAUGGGAAUUGGCGCAACGACGGAACUUUUGUGUUGAAGGAUGGAUUUGAAAUCUAUUUUUACUCAUCAGAGAUUGACGGCUAUGGUUCAUAUUUGAUUCGAUUGCUCAAGCUGCUCGAAUGGGAAAAACUAUCCGAGAUUAGCAUGGAUUAUCUCGGAACGCACCAUAUGGCCGUGACGAAAGUUAUUAACGACAAUAAUCUACUGGUGAGAAGUAGUAACAUGGCGAAUUAUUAUUUCAUGGCAAAAGAGCAAGCGCUUGCGGCUACUUCAUUACCACUACCUGAAGGGUUUUCUUUCGCCCGGUUGACGCCGACGAAGCAUUUAGAUUACGUUUAUAACCAGUGGCCACUCAGGAGUCACAUCAGCUACGAAGCCGGUUAUGGGUUGCUGAAUCGAUUGCUUCUUUUGAACGAAAGCGUUGGACUGUUCGACGCCGAAGGAGUACUCGUAUCAUGGUGUUUAAGCGAUCAAACUGGUGCUCAUUCAGACCUUCAAACGGUGGACUCACACUGCCGGAAAGGGUACGGGCGAUUGGUGGUGAUGGAGUUGGCAAAGCGGUUGGCCAGAAACGGUUCCGAUUCUAAAGCAUACGUUUUGCAGGAGAAUUCCAAAUCAGUAAAAUUAUUUGAAAGCAUUGGAUUUCAUAAGAUACAAAACCUUCAUUGGGUUGUGAUAAAUGGAAAAGAGGUUAAAACUCCUCUCCUCUAAAAUGUUUCUAUACAUAUUAACUUUGUUGAAUUUCAAGAAAACAUUGUUAGUUAAUAUUUAAAUUACAAAGAACGCCUUUCUUAAAAAAAUUGUGAUAUUAAUUGGCUUAUUAAAUAGUUUUUUGUACCAGAUAGCGACAGGUUAAAACCCUUUGGUAGAUAUCCAUUUAAUUUCUAAUUUAAUUCGAUUUAAUUAACGCUAUAACUAGUUGUAAUAUGAUUCUUUGUUUGUAACAAGUAUGUGAGUAGGCUUGAAUUGGCUUGGAUCGAAGAGCAGCGUUAGGUCUUCUCUGUAGUCGAAAGGGGCAGGCAAAUCAGGCAGGGCCGUGUGAGUAAAUGGUUCCUUCUUCCUCACCAUUAUUUUCGUUACCAUCCAUGUUUUCCUAGCAACAAAAAAAGAGUUUUUAGGUUCUUCUUCUUUUUCUACUUAAUGAUGUAGCAUAACUUUCAAAUCUUCAUAAAAGUUCUAAAAUUCUAGAUUCUUAGAUUUUCUUUUAACUUCUUUAAACUUUCAACAUAAUUUAUGUUCGACUUACGCUUCAAUGAUAGCGCUGGCGACUACGAUGCGAGUAUUCACGAGGAGA